UGGUUAAAAUCAUUUGAGAGUAGUAGCAUAAUAAACCAUUCCAGAAGGCGGCAGCAAUGCACUCAAUGGAUGUUGGCGGUCACAAAACAGCAACGAAGAAGAAUAAACAAACGAAGAAGACGACGUCACACUGAUGACUUUGUUGAUAUAGUGUUUGUAGCCAUGGCUCUCCACCAGCUUUCAAGAUCCCUAACUGGGCUUCUUAUUGAGGCGUCUUCCUGUCUUCACCAGAGGAGCUUUAGUGUUUCUGCUGUUGCAGCAGCAAUUCAAAAAAUGACAAGGGUGCGUGUUGUGGACAACAGCAGUCUUGGAAAUACACCGUAUCAUCGUCCGCCACGAGUAAUCCAUGUCUACACUAAGAAUGGAGUAGGAAAGGUUGGUGACAAAGUGUUGCUUGCUAUCAAAGGACAGAAGAAGAAAGCAGUAAUUGUUGGACACAAAAUGCCCGGCGAACGCAUGAAUCCACGCUUUGAUUCAAACAAUGUUGUUCUGAUUGAGGACAAUGGGAACCCAACAGGAACAAGGAUCAAGGUCCCUCUACCUAGCCAUCUACGGAGAAUGGAGGGAGAAUACUCUAAAGUGUUAGCUAUCGCUAGUUCGUUUGUUUAAUAACAUGGAAAUUCUGUUGUAGUUUGAUAUAUACAGUCAUAUCCAUUAGAAAAUACAUGAACAUGAAUGUUGUCAAUAAAAUUAAAACAUGUCUUGGGUAAAAAAUA